AUGAGCUAUGAAGCGAAUUACACCGGAAAUGUUCAUACGAAUGAAAAAAGUGAAUUUAUUCAAAAAUUAAAUGAUUUAUUCCAAACAUCAUUCGAACAAUUGACGUUGAAUAAUUUAUUUUUAAAAAUUUAUGAAUUGUUCAUUCAACAUCAACAACUUGGAAAUAUUGAUGAUAUUUUUCGACAAUUAAAUGAAUAUAAUUAUCUAAUAACAAAUUAUGGUGAACAAUCAUUUGAAAUUUUACUAAAAAAUUUAAAUACAAUAAUUUCUAUCAACAGAAUACUAUCGUGUUCAAAUCAAUUUCUUCAAGAUUGUUUCAACUUAUUUAGAGAAUCUGAUCUAACAUUUGAUAAUUUGUUUUCAAAAUUAAAUCAAAUUAUGUAUCAUCAGCAAAAAAUUGAUUCGUUGCUUCGUUUUUAUAACUGUAAUAAUAUUGAUACAUUAGAACAAUAUUUAAAUCAACCGGAGCAACAACAACAACAAUAUCUUGUUCAACAGUUAAACAAUUCACAAGAACGACAAACUCAAAAUGAUCAAUUUUUUGGUCGAAUAACAUUCGAAAAAGGACUAUUUGAACACAGUGUUGAAUAUUACAAAGCGGUAUUAAAUCGAAUUCCACCCUCAUUUAUGUCACAUGAACAACCCAAACAUAGUCGAAAUCAUGUUCUUCGUGCUCUUUCUCAUCUGGGUCUCGCUGCGACAUACGAGUUAAAUGGCAAAUUGAAGUGUGCAUUUCAAUUAUAUACUAAAGCUUUAUCAAUGUUCGAACAUGCACACGAUGGAUUAAUUGAUAAGCCACUUGGUAGUUCAAACUUCACUUAUGUGCAGAAAGCACAUUGUCUUAUCGGUUUAGGAAAUCUCCGUUUGAUCGAACAAAAAUAUCAACAAGCCGAUACGUACUAUCGAGAUGCGUUGUUGUUAUUUGAUAAAUAUUUACCUGCAGGUCAUCCGAAUCAAUCGCGUAUUCGACAAAAGAUAGCUAACAUCAUAGAAAUAUAUCAUUAUAAACCAGCUGUGGCUUUAGAAGAUUACAAAGACUGUUUGGCAAAUUAUUUAUGUACUCUACCUUCCGAUCAUGUCGAUAUUGCGCGAGUGUACGCAGAUAUGGCUCGUGCUUAUAAACAAUUGUCCAAUCAGCUAGAGACAGCUCUAGAAUAUGCUAAGAAAGCUAGAGCUAUUUUCGAGAAAAGUUUGCCGAAAGAACAUACAGAUAAUCUUACGAUUUAUUGA